AUGUCCACAAAUCCCCGCCGCGGCAAAGCAAUGCCAACCGAUGGCCCAACGCCUAAAUUCCUUUAUACGAUCAUCAAGCAGCUGGACCUGCGAUCAAUUGACUGGAGCCUAGUUGCCUCCCAGCUAGAGAUUUCCAACGGCCACGCAGCCCGUAUGCGCUAUGCUCGCUUCAAGCAGCAGAUGGAAGGCACUGUACCUGGAUCACGAGCAGCUCGCGCAAAGAAGUCCCCCAGCAAGUCCAAAAAGGGAUAUUCCAGCAAGGAAGACAUGAUGCGAGAAUCGACCCCUGCUCAGCAAGAGCAGUCCCAACCUCAGCAGACUGUCAAACAAGAGCCGCUGAUGUGCCGGUACGAGCCGAAUCCUUUCGUCAAGAACGAGCCGUAUGCGCAGCGGACUUUGAAUAUGGCCAAAAUUCCCCAUGUGUCUUCACACAUGAUGGCGCAUCCGUCGGGACAGAUGCUGGCGGCGCCAUAUCCCCAUGGCACCGUUGCUCCCGUGGACCUGGCUAUGUAUCCCAUGACCCCGAACUUUGGGUCUCCGGCUCCUUCGAAGCUUGAGAGACCCUCAGACCAGCUUUAUGACUGGCCCCCGGUUAAGCUGGAGCAAGAAGUGAAGAGUGAAGUACACGGGGUGCCCGUCAAGCAGGAGCCGAAGCAGGAGCCGCCGCAGGAUGACGAUGAGGUACAAUUCCAGGGUAUGAGCGUAGUCGGAGGGACUGAGGCCAUAGACGGCCGCCUGAAGUAG